CGCGUCGCUUCGUUACGUUUACAUUCUGUUCUCGACGUCGCGUUGUGCGGAGCCAUUACCCUCGUCCGCGCUAAAGCAUCGUGCCAUAUUCCCACUCGCGCCCUAAAAUAGAACAGCAUUCUCGUAGUUUUAAGUGAAAUAUUAUGAGAGUGAAGACCGAAAUGGACGACGACGAAAAGGGUAAAUUGUUUGUUGGUGGAUUAUCAUGGGAAACAACCCAAGAGAAUCUCCAACGUUACUUCGGCCGUUAUGGCGAAGUUAUCGAUUGCGUCGUUAUGAAAAACAGCGAAUCUGGGCGCAGUCGAGGUUUUGGAUUUGUAACAUUCAGCGACCCUGCUAAUGUUUCCCUGGUUCUCCAAAAUGGUCCUCAUCAACUUGAUGGACGUACAAUUGAUCCAAAACCAUGUAAUCCACGCACUCUUCAGAAACCAAAACGUAGUGGUGGCUUCCCAAAAGUUUUUCUUGGUGGUUUGCCAAGUAAUGUGACGGAGACAGAUCUAAGGUCCUAUUUUACCCGCUUUGGCAAAGUUAUGGAAGUGGUCAUAAUGUACGAUCAGGAAAAGAAGAAAUCCAGGGGAUUCGGCUUUCUCAGCUUCGAGGAUGAAGAAGCAGUGGAUAGAUGCGUCGCGGAACAUUUUGUCAAUCUAAAUGGAAAACAGGUUGAAAUUAAACGUGCAGAACCGCGGGACUCGUCUAGCAAGAUGAAUGAUAGUCAUCAGGGUCAGUGGGGCCCACCUCAACAGGGUGGCCCGCCGAUGGGAAUGGCCGGGAAUAUGGGGCCUAUGGGUGGCCCGAAUGGGCAAAUGGGUGGACCUAUGAUGGGAGGACCGAUGGGUCCACCUGGUAACAUGAUGCAACAAUAUCAGGGUUGGGGCACUAGCCCCCAAACCGGAGGAUACGCCGGAUAUAGUACCCAGUAUAAUGCUCAAGGUUGGGGUGCACCACCAGGACCGCCUCAACAGCAACAAAUCCCGCCGCCGCCGCCGCAUCAGUGGGGAAGCAGCUAUAAUGUUCAACCUGCUGCAGCUACCCAGGGCUAUGGAAGUUAUGGUGAUAUGUAUUCACGGCAGAACACCGGCUCAGGUGCACCCGGAUCCAGCAGCAGUUCGGCUAAGACUCCAGAUUAUACCGGGUACUCUGCGUAUAGUAAUUACGCGGACACCACUUAUCCUCAGCGUUCGUAUCAAGGAGGAGAAAGCAACCAAGGAAGUUUAUUUCCUAGACCUCCUGUUCAUUUUACUGACUGGAUGACGCGAGGCUUGUGGACUUGAGGUAAAAAAAAUUUAAAGACGCGAAUGACGUUUAAUAUAGAACAAAAAUGUGCCCCGAUUUUUUUUUUUCUCCUGUUGUGAUUUGACUCGCUUUAAAGUCUCGGCAUCCGAUAUAAGGAAAUAUUUAGAUUCUUUAUUACAAUUAAAAUUAUUUAUGUGAGAAAAAAAUUAACACACAUUGUCGCUUAUUAACGAGAAUGCAGUAAUGCAUUAAUUCACGAAAAAGUUAUUGUAGAGUUAAUUAUUUAUUCAUAUUUAAUUAUUUUUUUAAAAAACGCAUUCAAACGCAUAUAGAAAUACGGAGAAAGAAUCAAUCUUUGCAUUUAAAUUUUGAAAUCUUAUUUUAGAUUUGCCAAACCGAGAGAAAUUAUUUUUCAUACAAAGUGAGUUAAAAAAAUCAUAACUAUUUGAAUGCACAACAUAAAAAUAUAUUUCAGAUUUGCGUUUAUUAAUCUUUCAUCACCAUCUUGCGACUUUUUGAAAAAAGUCGUGACAAAAAUAAAGCGAACACGGGCAAUCUUGUAAAAAGAUAGAUAAGGUUAAAACGCCAAACGUAUUUAAUAAAAUUGCGAUAGCGGUAAGGGAUAAGUGUAGUGGUUAGAUACGGAAAUAUAUAUAUUUAUAUGCAUAUACGGCUAUAUCUUAUGUUAAAAUGGGAAAUGUUAAUUCCCUCGUAUAUAUGUCCGAAUGCAUCUAAGAUGCACAUUGAUUUAUACUUCGAAAUGCACCUGCGUUCUGGCACCUGGUACUUCCGCGACAAUUUUUUUAAUUUUUUUUCAAAGAGUUCCGAAAAGAGAAAAUUACAACAACGAAAGAAGCGCGGAUCAGCGCGUACGAUCGUGUAAUAUUUGUAAUGUAAUGAUAAUAUUUAAUAUUAAUUAAGAGUAUGGUUAAGAAAUUAUAUAGAGUUACCCGGCGUGGUACGAUUGCUGUUGAUGGCACCAUCCCCAUUUUUACUAUCUUCUCUCGCCGCUGAUGUGCUGUAUUAUUGUUCAAAAUAUUUUGUUACAUACUGCGAAUCAAGAAGCCAGCGACAAAUGCAUUCUUUUAUAGCAUAGAGAUAAUUAAUAUUCUAUACGGAUUAAUAAACGUUCACAUUUUUAAUAGAAACAUUUA